AUGUUGUCGGCUGCUCUUACAGCCAAUGCAGCUCCAACCAACACUGGCUCCAGCUGCCUCCCUGUCGUGGACUUGGGAUAUGAGCUCCAUCAAGCCCUCUCCUACAACAGCACCACACAACUCUACACCUUCCAAAACAUUCGAUACGCUCAGCCACCCGUUGGAGACCUUCGAUUCCGUGCUCCAGCUCAUCCGAAAACAAACCGAACGGUCAUCCAAACCGGGUCCGAGCUACGGUUCUGCCCUCAGGGUAUUCCUGUUUGGCAGGGUGAUGCAUACGGACCAAUUUCAAAGUAUUCAAGCCCAGCCAACCCAUUCAGCCUCCAGAUUUGGGAGACGAGCAUCCAAGAUGGUCAGCCACCGCCAGUUGAUUGGAACAAAGGCGCCAGCGAAGAUUGUCUCUUCCUCGACAUCCAUGUGACCAAAAAGACGCUCCAAAAGGCUGGCGACAAGGCAUGUGGAGACGGAGGAUCCCCUGUACUUGUCUGGAUUCACGGCGGCGGCUUUGUUCUCGGCUCCAAGACGGGAACGCCCAACCCUGGCUACGAUCCAGUCGGUCUUUUCCAGCACGCUGCCGCAAACUCGGACGAUGGUUUGGUCUUUGUCGCUCUAAACUAUCGCCUUGGUGCUGUUGGAUUCUUGGGUGGCCCCGAUGUCGAAAAAGACGGCAACCUCAACGCUGGUCUUCUCGAUCAAAGGUUUGCGCUGCAAUGGAUCCAGGACAACAUCCACCUCUUUGGAGGCUCCAAAGAAAAGGUCACUGUCAUGGGAGAAUCUGCUGGUGGCGGCUCCGUCCUCUUCCACCUGACUGCUGACAACGGCAAGGGCGCCGGUCUGUUUUCCAAGGCCAUCGCACAGAGUCCGGCUACUAUUCCAACAAUGCAGAUUGCGGCGGACAGCUAUAGCCAGUUCCUGUCGUAUCUCAACGUGAGCAGCUUGGAAGAGGCUCGUGCUGCGGAUUCGCAAGCCGUGAUUGCUGCCAAUGCUGCGCAGGUCGGAGCGGCUCCCACUACGACAUACAUUUUUGGCCCUGUUGUUGAUGGCAAAUACAUCACUGGCUCUCCUACUAAGAUGAUCAAGGAGGGACAAUUCGACAAGUCGGUCAAGGUGUUGGCCGGCCACAACAUGUUUGAGGGUGCCUUUUUCUUUGAUCCUAAUAUUACCACUGAUGCUGAGUUCAAAACUUGGACUAAUCGGUCGUUUGCUGGACUUUCGAGCAAGGAUGUCGAUGAGCUCGUUACUACACUUUAUCCUCCGCAAUUUGAUGGAUCUUUGGGUUAUGUUGACCAGAACACGAGGCAGAUGAAGCUUUGGAGCGAGGCUGUGAUUGACUGCAAUUAUUACUGGAUUGGACACGCGGUUCAGAACACCGGAUAUGCUUACGAGUUCGGUGUCUCCCCAGGCUUUCACAUCCAAGAUCUCCAGUACACCUUCAACGAUCCAUCCACUGCUGCCCCAUGGCCCAAGGCCCAGGAUGCUCUUCAAGAAGCAAUCAUCACUUUUGCCCAGGGCGGUGUUCCCGAGUUUAUCAACCAUAAGGCCUUUCCUCAUGUUGGGCCUCACAGCACCAUUGUGAAUAUCACUGCCCAGGGAGCUGUUCAGGCGACGAGCAAGGUGAAUGCAACUAGAUGUAACUGGUGGGCAGACCUCUAUCACUGA